AUAUCUUACAAGGAAUUCAUCCUGCCGUAUCCUUGCUCCUCGGCUCUGUAAUGGAAUCCAGAAUGAAUCUGAUUUAUGCAACAUGCAUAGUUCAGCACGACCCGCACCGUGCAUGCUCAUUCUCUGCGCUGACAUCCGACUGAUGCCGUGAGACUUCAACUUCAACUUCUCGCCGUUUCAUCAAUCGGGAAACAAAAGCUGGGUUACUUAAUUAUGUCUUGGUACCAGACUGUUGCUGCCCUGCUCGCUAUAGCGGCAGCGUUUUAUCCGUCCAUUGUGGGGCGGUAUCAGACCGUUCGCAUCAUUCUGGACAAUGUCCCGGGAAAAAUGAUCGAGGUGGAUCAGUUCGCGGCAAAGACGAUCGAGUUCGAGAAUGUAUUACGGAAUUGCGAGGACGUGAUCAUGGUUCCGGAGCACAAGUAUGCGAUCUUGAGCUGUGACCCCGGACGGGAUCGCUGGAAUACCGUCCUGGGGAUAUUCAUUACGCCAAACAUUUCGGGUCGGCUGUACCAUUACGAUUAUACGGACACCGCGGGCGAGAGCAAUGGUUUGUAUCCCAUUGAGCUCCACCAGUACGACAAAGUUAUCCACGCUCUGGGGGUUGAACUCCACAAGCCCACCAACACGCUCUUCUUCGUCAACCACGACGCCGACGGCCCCACUAUAGAGGUCUUCCAAUACCAACCCCAGCAGCAUCGCGCCGUGCUGAAGCGUAGCAUCUCGCACCCGCUCCUGAACGCGCCCAACAACCUCGUCGCGUUGAAUGAAAACGAACUGUACAUCACCAACGACCACUACUUCAAACCCGAGUACAGCCGCCCGCUCAACCUCCUUGAGACCUACCUCGCCCUCCCCGGCGGCACAGUGACGUACGUAAACCUCGCCACCAACGCCUUCCGCACCGUCGCCCGCGCCCCCUUUGCGAACGGAAUCGUCAUGUUCAACGCGACGACCCUCGCAGUCGCGUCGACCACCUUCCCCGGCGUAUAUCUCUACUCCGUCGACGCGGCCACCCAUGCCCUGACCCUGCAGCAGACCAUCCGGGCGGGUUUCUUCACCGACAACCUCAGCAUGGACGGCGACGGGAAGCUGCUAAUCGCGGGGCAUCCGUUCCCGAUGGCGUUGGGGACGGUGGCGAGGGAGAAUCAUAGGUAUGACUUCGAAGGGACGGGGGAGGGGCUGGAUGUGAAAGAGCGGCCGAGGGCGGCGAGCGGGGUGGCGGAGUGGGAUGGAAAUGCAGAGGGGGUGCUGAGGCUGUUGUAUUUGGGGAAUGAGUAUGGGACAUCGACGACGGCGGUGAGGGACGUGAGGGAGAAGAUCGGGAUUGUGGCCGGGCUUUAUGAGAAGGGGAUUUUGGUCUGGAGGGAGUGAUGUCUCGUCGAGUCGGGUUGGAUGGCAGGUGGAGAUAUCCUGGGUGGGCAGCAAUAGGUAAUGGCCAGUGGAACUGUGGGUGGGCGGCUCUAAAGGGUAAUGUUAAAAUGGUUCGCUCCUUGUUAUCACCUUUUGACAUAAUUUGAAGUCCCAAGUGGGUAAUCAUCCCCUCUCUAGGAAUAGUGUAAUACUCUAUGCAGCGGACCGAUCCCCCAUUCGAUACUCACUCGCCAAUCGCUUCCUGGACAUAUCAAGGCCGUGUCUAAGCACUCUUUAUUGAUAAUACACACCGUUCCCACCGAAUCGCCAAACACCUCCCUUGCAAUGCAAUUGGUCACUUUUGUCUAGUUCUUGCCUUUGGCUUCGGCCUCCGCAGCCAACCGGUCGUGCUCCUCAAUAUCC